AUGCCGUCCGCAUUGCCGCUCACGCUGUUCAAAGACGGGUUCAUUCUCCGCGACGGUCCGUUUCGAGCGUUCGACGGCGGUGGCGACCCCGCGCGAGGGAAAAGCAACCGCGCGUUCGUGACCGACCUCAUGGACGGAUACUUCCCGUCCGAGAUGAAGCACACGCACCCUGAGGGCGUGCCGUUCAAGUUGAUCGAUAAGACGAGCGAGGCGUUCGACCCCGGGUUCAAGGCGUUCAGCGGCGUCGCCGCGCGACUCGACGGCGUCGUCGACGGCGUCGGCGCGAAGGCGGCGUACCACGUCGGACGCCGCGGCCACGGCGGCGAGGGCAAGACCGCGGCGUUUCUCGCGAAGCUCCCGGAGAAGGUGAUACGAGACGGGAACGUGAUCGACGUCCGCGGCGACAUCGCGGCGUAUUGCGACACGACGUGCCGUCGGGAGCACUUCAUCGCCGGCAUGGCGGCGGCGGCGGCGAAGACGAACGACGGUUCAGUUUAUGAACCGUCGCGGCGACCGGCGGUGUCUCCGAACGAGGUGACGACGCUUCGGGUCAAGGGCAUGGACGGACGGCGGAUGUACGCGUUGACGUUACGAGCGUCGGACACCGUCGGAAAACUUCGCGCGUACCUGAAGCGCGCGACGGAGGAGGACGAGGACGACAAGAACGUCGGCUUGGGAUUCGAGAUACGAGGCGCGUACCCGCCGAGGGCGUACGCGGACGACGACGAGACGCUCAUGGAGGCGGGGCUCGUGCCGAACGCGGCGCUGUUGCUCAAGCCUAUACCUUUAUAG